AUGGCGAAGGAUGAAAGCACAACAAAACCUUUCAGUUCCCAAAGAUGUUUCAAUUGCAGUAAAAAUGGUCACAUUGCGGCUGACUGUCGAUUUCCAAAAAGACCUGUCGGCGCAUGUUUUAAGUGUUUCGAGCUGGGACACCAGUCCAAAGAUUGUCUUAAAAAAAGAAUUCAACUUCAAGGGAAAAAUCAAAUUGCAAAUGUGUCAAUGGAUGUACCUGAUGACCUUGACUUGGAGAAUAUUUUGGAAAAACAGUGUUUCAAGACGAUUACUUAUGAGAUCGACGUUGAAAAGGAGAUUUGUCUUUUGUCUUUGGACACACUUUUUGAUACCGGAAGUCCCAUCAGCUUCAUAAAGGAGAGUCGACUACCAGCAGGCAGUGUGCAGCCAUGUCCUUCUGAUUCGUCUCAAGAUUACACCGGAAUUAAUAACAGUGUAUUAGUAAGAUUAGGAUUAGUAACAGCAAAGGUAAGAUUUAAUGAUAUCGAAACUAAAAUUACUGUUUAUGUUGUACCAGAUAACACGAUGCAGGUUUCUGUCAUUUUGGGACGCGAUGUUCUAAGUAAAUUUAAUUUGGGUUUGUUGUCAUUGUCAAAAAUUGAGGUAGAAGCCAUCGGAGAGAUAUUCGCGAUUGAUCAUGGAACUGAUAGUGUUGUCGAUUUUAUGCAAAUUAAUCCGGACAUUGACUUUAAAAUUAAAUCACAAUUAAAAAAUAUUUUUCUUGAAGAAUAUAUAAAUAAGGAAAGACCGGAAUUUCCAAAUGUAAAUAUUAAGUUAGUUUUAAAAUUAACAAGUGACAAGACUAUCAUGUUUGGUCCGCGAAGACUCUCCUUCGAAGAGAAGAUCAAAUUACGAGCGAUUCUCGAUGAUCUUGUAGCUAGAAAGAUUAUUCGUGAAAGCGAUUCAAAAUAUGCAUCACCAAUUGUCCUAACUAGAAAAAAAAAUGGCGAUCUGCGACUGUGUGUGGACUAUUGA